UUGUGGCGCUGUCACUCACCCUGACAACACUGAAUUGCAGAGCAUUUCCUCAUUUGCAGUAUAGUUUAGUGACACAAGUCUGUACGGGAGCGUCAGCCUGAAUACUCAAUCAAUGCUGGACAUGAAGCACUUUAUUCAUCAUUAAACCAUCACUAAAGACAAAAUAUGGAGGAGAGCGUCGAUGUGAAGGCUCUGAGGGCGAAGUUCAACAGCAAGGUCUGCACCUCGGACGCCAGCAGCCGAGCCGGCGAUUCCCCCAAAUCUCCACAACCCGGCUUUGGCAAAGUGAUACUGCCCCUUACAGAGAGCAACCUCUCUCAUCACAGACUCGCUCCUAAGGGUCCUCUUCCACCGAGCCCCAGUCCGGGCCUGGCGCGGCUCCCGAUGGAAGCCUCCGACCACCCGAGACCUCCGGCCUUCCCUCGACCGCCUGCUAAACCUGGAACCCGAGCGUCCCUGAAGGCGGCAGAGCCCGGCAAGGUCAAACUGAAGGGGGAGAUGCUGCAGAGCUUGAUGCAGCUGCACCAUAGGCCUCCAGGCGCCAAACCAGCAGCCACAGCUCCAGGUCUGUCUCCUGCGGCGGUUCCCAGCUCCGCGCCUCUGCCGCUCCGCCAGCAGCCGCGACAGAGGAGUGCAGGGGAAGUGACCCCGCUGAGGAAGCCCUUACCCCCUGAGAGACCUUUGCCCUUGAAGCCCAAACGGCCUCCCUUCGUCAACCUGGAGCCCUAUCAAAGAUUCAUCCGAGGACCUGCUCAUCCCGCUCCAAGAAAGAACGAUGCAGGUCCCCCGGUUUCAGCAGGCAGAAAGAUGUCCCUACCUGCAGUCGUCAGUCCUCCAAAACCACCACAGCGAUGCAACAAGCCCGUAGUGCUGCCGCAACAUAUGAGCAUUGACAAUGACCACGAGUUCUAUGACGACAUUGCAAGCUUUGAGAAGAACGAGUCCUGCAGUGACAACAGUUCACACUGCAUGGAGGGGGAGGAUGAUGAUCUGUAUGAGUUUAUUGAUGAGGAUCAGGUGGAUAAAAAUCGUUCGAACGCUGAGAAGCUAAAUAAAAAAGAAGCGUCAACAACAACGAAGAAGAGUCAACAAGCGCAGGAUAAAAUAAAUCAGAUGCAACGUCGGAAAGAAGAAAAUGAAUUGAAGAAGAAGUUUAAGUUGCAAGGGGAGCUGGAGGUUCUCCACACAGCCAGAGUCCGCCACGACUGGCAUGGAGGAGGAAAACUGGACCUCAGCAUACGACAAGGAGAGAGCGUGGAGAUCCUUCGAGUUAAGAAUAACCCAGAGGGGAAAUGGUUGGCUCGCUCUUUGGAUGGACACUAUGGAUACAUCAGCAACACCAGUGUGGAUGUUGACUAUGAAGCAGUGAAGCGCAAAUUGCUCAACUCCAGGAAAACAAACACUUCACAGUUGCCUCCACCACCUCCAGACCCCCCAAUGAUGGUGAAUGUGAAGUACAGCGGCAGCGGCAGCACGCUUUCAGAUGAAGAUUACUAUGAUGACGUGGAACCAAUGACUGAGGAUUUUCCCCCACCGCCGCCUGAAAUCAGCAUUGAACCCAAAGUGGAGAAGGAGUUAAGAAAAAGAUUUAAGUAUGAAGGGCCACUCAGGGUGCUGCACACCAUGAUGGUGGAUCCUAACGGCAUCAUAAAGAAGCCGGGAGGGAAAGAUCUGCACGUGACUCAAGGAGAAAUUGUGGACAUCAUCCAGCUAACCAACAGCAAGAAAGCUCUGUGUUGUAACCAGUUUGGAAAAUAUGGCUUUGUGUCCAGAUCGCUUCUUCUUACAAUGGAAGGAGACAUUUAUGAUGAUGUUGACUAUCCAAACGACGUUUACGACAAUGACUCCUGAUAUGAUGAUUACUGAUAUACAAACUAACUAAUCACACACAGUAAGACAGAGAGAGACACAAACACACAACUCAAACUGAAAGCCAUAUAAAGCUAUAAACUAUCACCCAUCUGGGUGCACGUGUUUGUUUGACUCCACCACUAGCAUAUUAUCAGAAAAGAAAACCAAAAAUACAGUGGAGUGUCACAUAAAUACAACCUUUGCUGAGAAUAACAAACUUGUCAACAUUACAUUGUUUGUCAAACUGCUUGUAUAGAAAAUGAAUACACUAUAACUGUAGCUUUGUGUAUUGCUUUACAUUUAAAAUAAUUUAAAAUAAAUUUGAUGAGUAAUUGUG